AUGCCCAGGUCAAACGGGGACAUCCAGCCAUGUCCCGAGCAAGAUAGCACAACCAUCCCCACGACACUGCCUUUGCGCAUCUUCAAACGACGUUUACCAACUGUUCCAGAGGCUUCUUCCACUAGCUUUGUUAAAAGCUCUGCUCCCCCCUACGCGAUUCCCCGACGGCACUCGUCUUAUGCCAUUCGUCGACCGCUCCGGCUCUCAAGGGAGCCCCAGUACUCAACACUACCAGUAAAGCAGGAUAGCCCGCGUUCAUCUAAAUCUCACAAUAUUGAACGACAUUCCCUCUUUAAUUCGCGUCUUCUAUCGUUACGGACAUUUAGUAACAACAGGGCUAGUAUGGACGAGGAAUUAAAUGAGAGAUCGCGUUCGGGGGUAGAUAAUGUGGUGCGAAGGAUUCCGUCUAAAGGGGGGAUUUUCGCUCGGGUUGCGAAGGUAAUGGAUUUCAGUAAAUCACGUCACUCGAGCCUGGGACCGGCAUCCGGUGGUUACUCGAGAUUAGAUCCGCCAAAACGCGUUUAUACAGAGCCAAAUUCACCAAAUACGCAUCGUUAUCCGCCAAAUCAUAAAAUUCGCGAGCCUAUCUCGACACAGCUAACAGCUGCCCCUGAGAGGUUUGGACAAAGAACGCCCCCUUUUACUAGAAAGAACCUUUUUGUCCCAAAACACCGCAACAACGUCCAUACUCGCUUCUCUUGCCCUCUCCCAAUUACGAGAGCCAACAUACAUAUAACGAUGGAUGCUAUGAAGAUUUCUGCUCGCGAGGACCUUUUCACUUGGGCUGCGGUGGAAAUAUCUGCAAACGUUAAUUUGGAAGGCGAGCUUGAAACCCAGAUUGGGUGCGACGUUCCUCUGGACAUUAUGGUUCUCCUAGAUAAUUCAGCAAGCAUGCCGCCCGCUCUAUUAAAAGGGGCGUGCAAUACUGUACUCCAUUUGGCUUCGUCAAUGGAUAUGCUCGUUGACCGAAUGGCAAUCGGCUGUAUAUCUGCUGAUCCUGAGCAAAAUCUACAGCUUCUUCUGCCGCUAUCUACUUGUAAUCUCGAUGUUAUUCGAGGAUUACUUCGAUCUGUACAAAUCUUCCAGUUCCCGUGCGACGAGCCGAAUCUGACUCGUACAUCAAAAGCUCUCCAUGAGGCGUCGAACUUGCUUCUGAGAUAUUCGAGUAGGGGAGCACUACGUCAUGUUUUUGUGAUCACUGCAAAUUUAGGCAUUUCUCUGUUGGGAAUAACCAGCAACAUAAGGAGUCGAGUGCGAUUUCACACCAUAUCUCCAGAGCCGGUGCUCGUAGUAUGGGCUUCCGAGCCAGUGGAUGGCUGGCAUCUGUCUGCUAGUUUUGACGAGGAAGACAACGAUGGCGCGCAUGCGCUAAAACAUAAUUUAAAGCAAGUUAUGCGCCAUCUUCGCUUUGGACUUGAUCCUGGUGUUCUGUCGAACUUGUCGAUAAGGCUCGACGGACAACAUGGUUGUGAUAUCGAAGCUAUUCUUGGUGAGACGAAAUGUAAAGCUUUGCGGCCAGGCGAGAAGUGGACUAUCCUUGUUAAGAUCAAAGCUGUGUCUGAGGUAAUGGAAGAGCUUUCUGUCCAUGGGGACCGCACCCAAAAUCCAGUCGAUAACGAUGUCGACCAAAUGAUUGAUCAACUCCAUGGGCUCCUUAGAGCAUCUGACCGGGCGAUCUCUGAGAACAUUUUCACUGUAAACCUAGAGCACAGUCAUUCAGCAUUAUCUGGCCCUGCGGUUAUCAAAUUGGAGAACAAGUGUGAAAUUACCCGCUUUCCCCGGAAAAAAGUCAGACAGGCCCUUCACAAAGAUGUCCGCGAGUUAUAUGGCGAGGGGAACGCCUUGCAAGGGAGAGUCAAACGAAUUAAUUCAAUGCAUCUGAGUCGUCAUCUUGACGGCGGCGACAAUCAUAGGACAUCGGAACAGGGAAAAAAUAGUAGAGAGCGGUCUUUCACUUCUUCGCCAUCACACUUGUCACAGCAUCUGGAGGUUUAUAAUAGUCCACAGGUAGAGUUGGGCAGUAUGAACCCAUUCCGCAAUUUGGUCGAAGGUUGCGACGGUAACUGUUUUCACAAUAUAUGUUCAGAUGAGAAGGUUGCUCGAGAUCAGGCCUUCGUUUCGCCGAUUUCGUAG